CGAACUCUCAACGCGCUGAGGAACGCAUCCCCCUCGAUCUGGAUAUGUCGGCGUGAUCGUGACCAGCCUGAUAGAUCUCAGCCCGAUUCCUAUCCGCCCGAGAAUUUUCCAGGUCUAGCGUCCGUAGCUGGCUCUAGAUGCAUCGACUUAGACCAUACUGGGAGACGAAGAGUUCUUGUCGUUGCUCUACAACGUCCCGUAUCCUGCUACCUUAGUAUGCCCAAAUCACACCCGCUCUCCCGCAGAUGUCUCGGCAGUCCAAUGCCUCUUCUCAUCAGCAGAGGCCGUUACCCUCUGGAUACACGACCAUCCGGCAUAUACUGGAGCAAUCCGUCCCCGUCAACAGAUUCGUUACUGUCGUCGGUCUAGUCAAAGACCGUAGAGCUCCCAUGUCCACGGACAAGGCCGACUGGAAAUCUGCCAUCACCUUGUAUGACAAGUCUAUCGAGAAUGAAGAUGUGGGACUUGUUAUCAACAUAUUUGGACCGGAGUCCGGCAUGCCUCAGCCUGAUGCCGGCGACGUCGUGGUGGUCGUGUCUGCCAAGGUUCAGCUCUGGCGUGGCGACGUGUCUCUUCUAACGAACAAAGCCUCCACUGCCAUUUUCGUGUACUCGUCGAGGAAGAUUCCUAAGCCGCCGGUGUCAGCAAAGGUGGCAUUGGUGACCUCUUGGCGGCCGAACGGCCUGUCCCCGGCAGAGCCAGGUGACCAUCAACACGACUAUGUCGCCUGGCUAUACUACUCCAUGGAUAAGGACCAUAUACCCGAUGGUGCCACGUUCGAGAUGAAGAUAGACCAGUCUCGUAACUUCAAAGACAAGUUUCGAAUGUUGAAAGAUGUCCGUGACCAGCAAUUUAGCGAUGUUGUCGUCAACGUGGUCAAAGAUCCCUUUGAUCAGCUAGAUAUUUCAACUUUAUGGGUUUCAGACUAUACCGAGAACGAGCGCUUCUACGAGUUUUCCCUAAAUCCGCCAGGCCUCUCCCAAGCUCGAGACGGAGAUCCAUACGGGUAUACUACGGUGAGGAACUCGCCUUCAAAUAAUUGGCCUGGUCCUCUUGGGAAACGCACAAUGCAAGUCACCUGCUUCGGCGUUCAGGCUCAAUUUAUUCGUGAUCAUGUCAAGGCCGGGAGCUGGGUGCAGCUACGGAACCUCCACGUCAAGUUCGGGCGCAACUCUAAUAACCUGGAGGGAUUUAUACGGGAAGGUCGUGGCGGGUAUGGCUCGGGAGUUCAGAUUGACAUCCUCGCCACUGACCAGCCCGACGACCGACUCAAGGCAGCUAUCAAGCGGAAGCUAAACUAUGAGCAGAUGAGGAAAAAGCAGCAGAAACAGAACCUGGGCGGGAAGGCGGGUAAGGGAAACGGCAACAAACGAAGGGCUGAGAGUCAAUCGGAGAACAACAGGAGAACAAGACGCACCGAGAUCCAGCAGAAGUGGGAAGAAGAGCAGAAGCUAGAGUACCAGAAGAAGGCCAACCUCAACGACCUAGUCAAAUGCGAGAGUCUUGACCAGCCGGUUUUAGCGGUCUCUUCCAUCUUCGAGCCAACACUAUUCACGACGACCAUCGAUAGUCAAGAAGUGACACUGACGGCCCCCUUUACUUGUGCGAAGUACCGGGCCAAUGUUCGAGUCGUCGACUUUCAGCCUAGCAAGCUAGAGGACUUCGCUUGCUGUCAUAAGAAAAGCGAAUACGAUGCCUUGUCCGAAUGCGACGACACUAGCGACUCGGAUGAGGAUGAGGAUCAAGGCACGGUACACCCGCACACCCGAACGAAGACGUGGGAAUGGCGGUUCGCCCUGUUGCUAGAAGAGGCGGACCCCAAAUAUAAGAGCGGGGGUGGUAAGUUAUGGGUUGUAGUCGACAAUAUCGAGGCGCAGCAACUGCUGGGUCUCGAUGCAUCAGACCUCCGAGCCGAACCCAAAGACCUCAGCCGGCUGCAGGAGAAGCUCUUCGUGCUCUGGGGUAACCUGGAGGAGCGCAAGCAGCAAGCGUUGCAACUCCAGAAGCGGGAUCGGCUGCAAAUAGCCACCCGACAGCCGCCAGAGAGCUCGCCUGUUCGCCUAUCGGGGAGUCGUCCCGCUACCGACGACGGAGUGUCGAACAGGGCCUUCACGUGCUGCAUCCGCCAGUACGGCGUCAGGGUGCCCGAGACUGACCCCGGCAAGGCGAACGCCGGCGAGGGAAAGCGGUGGGAGAGAGUAUUCGGCUUGUUCGGAACGAAGAUAUGCUCCGCACGGGACUAACUAGACACUGUACCUAAAUAAAGAAUUACGCUUGGCCAGUGACGUGGCUCUUCGCCCCCAACUACUGUUUACCGACGGACAACACCUGCGGGUGAAAGUCGGUGUUAUCAUCACCCCCCUUUUUUUUUAACUCAAUAGUAUCUCCAGAGUCGGCGAUCUACGCCGUCACCAUCUACGCGCGCUUGAUGGGACACAGUUGUCAUAAUGCCAUCAGCUAGCACGACGUGGCAAUCCACGUCUCUAGAG